AUGGAGGACCCCUUUACCAAGGGCACGACAGGACGGAGGACCCCUUUACUAAGUGCACGACAGGACGGAGGACCCCUUUACCAAGGGCACGACAGGACAGAGGACCCCUUUACUAAGUGCACGACAGGACGGAGGACCCCUUUACCAAGGGCACGAUGGGACAGAGGACCCCUUUACCAAGGGCACGAUGGGACGGAGGACCCCUUUACCAAGGGCAUGACGGGACGGAGGACCCCCUUUACCAAGGGCACGACGGGACGGAGGACCCCUUUACCAAGGGCACGACGGGAUGGAGGACCCCUUUACCAAGGGCACGACGGGAUGGAGGACCCCUUUACCAAGGGCACGACGGGAUGGAGGACCCCUUUACCAAAGGCACGACGGGACGGGGGACCCCUUUACCAAGGGCACGACGGGACGGAGGACCCCUUUACCAAGGGCACGACGGGACGGGGGACCCCUUUACCAAGGGCACGACGGGACGGAGGACCCCUUUACCAAGGGCACGACGGGACGGAGGACCCCCUUUACCAAGGGCACGAUGGGAUGGAGGACCCCUUUACCAAGGGCGCGACGGGACGGGGGACCCCUUUACCAAGGGUACGACAGGACGGAGGACCCCUUUACCAAGGCACCGGGUUCCCCGUGGACAUUUGGUGUGGUGAGCAGGUUCAAAGGCGACGCCCGCCUGUCCGCGCUCCGGGCCGCUACCAACGGCGCUUCCAGCUGGCCAGUGAUCCCUGUCACUGCGCUUCUGGUAAUUCAUUGGAUUUUGAUUCAUCAUACCACAGUUAUGAAUACAUAACGACACCCUUAACAUGGCAGCAGGCAUCCAAAUAUUGUGAGCUGCGCUUUGGCCGUCUGCCUGACGUCAGUGAUGCAGAAGGAAAGAGUGUUAUUUUGGAAUGGUUAGCUUCCCGAAGUGUUAAGCAGCCAAUAUGGUUGAACAGAGAACUGAAUGAGGUGUUGGAAAAGAAGAAAAGCAUCAAAGCUCACAGUGUCUCGGUGUUGAUGUUCCCAAACAAAACGGAUACCAAAUAUGCCAAACUUCUUGGCGUGCUGCCCUUGCUGUCAGCUAUUACAGUCUGUGUAAACAUUCAGUGCGAUGACCAGGCAAAUACCGUUGCUACCGUGUUCUCCUACGCUGUGCCGACAUUCAUGAAUGAAUUUCAGCUGAGAGCCCGCAUUAAUGACACUGGAUUCAUCCAGCUGGCGCUGAUAGUACACGGGCACCACACUCCUUACCAGACGGUGUUAAAGAACGACGGACAGUGGCACCACAUUUGCGUGACGUGGCGGACAGAGGAAGGCGCUUGGUCUUUCUAUGCUGAUGGGCACAUUGUGAGCUCUGGACAGAGAUACUACAGCUCUCAAGUUCUUGCUGGGAAUGGGGUGUUUAUUAUUGGCCAGGAUCAAGAUUCACUGGGAGGUACCUUCAAACAAAGCGAGGCUUUCAGUGGCAACAUCACGGGCCUGAAUAUCUGGUCAGGAGUCCUGGACAGGAGUCAGAUCGCAGCCGCCAGUGGGUGUUCCCUCCCACACCAACGCCUCAUCUACCAGUGGAGCCUGUCCGACUUGGAGAUUGAACACACCGUGGAAAUAAAGAAAGCUCUAGUGAGUUGUUCAGUCACCAGUGCUAGCCCAGCAGAAUGUCAGAGCUUUGAUGCUGUCUCUGGAGCUGGAAGAAAGCACGACUGUGAGAUUCCUCUCCCUUUCCUCUGUCAGUUCAACAAAGAUAUAUAUCGGAAAUUGAAGAAGUUUGAGUCAGAGCCAACAAGCUUAUUCAAGACUAAAUUGAAUAACUUUUUCAAUGUCACCGUUACUGAUUACGUGUCACUGAGCGGCGUCAAGCUUGUGCGCAAUGUUUCUGAAGCGGCCGUGGUGAUGAAGGCUGUGCAACACGUCCUGAGUACGGAGAACACCACUUUGCCAGCGGUUGACCUGCUAAAUGUCGUCAGCUUGUUGCAAAACGUUGCCGGCAUGGAGGUGGGGACAAGUGAUGCCAGAGAUGUUCUGGAAGACAUCAGCCAAAGCUUCCUAGACGUGGCUGGUGAGGUUCUUGAUCAGAGCAAUGCGGAAAGCUGGAGCAAAAUCGGUGAGAUUGUUCGGGGACCAAUGACCGUGGUCUACGGCGUUGACAGAAUGGUGGAAAAUCUGAACAAGGUGUUGGCUGUUGGCCAGAAGGACAUCGUCAUUCGGAAUAAAAACAUCCAACUUGAAAUCAGACAAAAGUUGCUCCACAAUUUUACAAAUGACUUUGAGGUUUCUAUGGGUGAUGGGAUCAACAAAUCGUCUGAUCAAAUUGGACUUUCGAAGCAAGCAAUUGCAAAGCUUCAAGGAGAAGGUUUGACAACAGCUACAUUUGUGAACACCUGGUAUCGAAGUCUUCCCAACUUGCGGAGAAAUAACCCACUGGUCACAGGUGGUUUGGUGGAAAGAGCAUUUAAUGAAGGAUUCAAACACAUUGGUACAGAGGUGGCAUCUGCGGUUAUCUCGUCCACUGUUUACCAGGGACGUCAGGAAGUCAGUGCCCCAGCACACUACAGACUGCUCCACCGUAUAAAGGCGGAUCCUUCGCUAAGUGUUGACUCUCUCUGCGCCUUCUGGGACUUCAGCCUUAAGCCUGAGAGUGGAGGGAGCUGGUCCACAAGUGGCUGCAGUGUUGUCGAGUCUGAUCAGCAAUCUACUGCCUGCUUCUGUAACCACACCACCAACUUCGCUUUGCUUUUCCAGCUUUACGAAAUCAAGCGAAGUCCAGGCGAGGAAGCCGUACUGAUGAAGUUAACUCUGACUGGCUGCUCUGUGUCUCUCUGUGCUAUGGUGAUCACACUGAUUGCGUUCUCAGUGCUGGGGGUUCCAAAAUCAGACCGAACCACAGUCCACAAAAACCUCAUCAGUGCUCUCAUCGCAGCUCAAGCCUUGUUACUGACGAGUGAAUCGGCCAGGACGCAUCGGGUGGCGUGCUGGGUGGUGACCGUUCUCCUUCACCUGUUCUUCAUGGCAGCCUUCAGCUGGAUGCUGGUGGAAGGGAUCCUCCUCUGGAGCAAGGUCGUCACCGUCAACAUCAGCGAAGACAAGAGGGUCAAGUACUACUACCUGAUUGGCUGGGGAUUCCCAGUUUUUAUUGUGGUCAUCACCAUAGCAACUACCGGCGAUGGAUACAUGGCGGACAGUCAUUGCUGGCUAAACAUAGAGAGCAGCGUCAUUUGGGCCUUUGUUGGGCCCGUGCUCUUUACUCUGACUGUUAACACAUUCGUCCUGUGCCGGGUUGUCAUGAUCACAGUCGUGAGUUCCAGGCGCCGCUCCACCAUGUUGGUACCAGGGGCCAGACUGCCUCAUCGGCUUUACAUCCAGAUGUGGGUGGCCAUCAAGCCGGUGGCGAUACUCUUGCCAGUGCUGGGUCUGACCUGGUUUUGUGGCGUUUUGGUCCAUCUCAAUAUUACCCUCGGUUAUGUCUUUGUGGUACUUAAUUCCUUCCAGGGUCUCUACAUAUUCCUGGUGUAUACUCUGUACAACAGUGAGGUGAGAAGUGCCGUUAAGAGAAUGAGAGAGAAAAAGAAAGCAUUAUCUUUCAAGAGUUGUACAAACUCCAGGCCUUCGAGCUGCCCAUCAGGUCUGAGAACAACCCCCACACUUAGUGCUGGAGAAUGUUCCGUUCCCCCGCCUGCGAGGGAUGCUUCAAACUCACCCAUCUCAACCAAGAGAUCAACUGUCAGUGAAGACAAAGCAAAGGCAUUCCGUGGGGAACUGGGAGCGGAAGGUCUGACACGAUCGUCAACAAACACAACCGCAGAUAAAAAAGAGAUCGAGCUGAUAGCAUUCAGAGUAUCAGGAUUGUGAAGCACCAAGGCAGCCGUUCCAGCCGAUGGAAUCACAGACUCAGUGAGAGGCUCUGAAGUCCAGACGUGUAAAAUGACCAAAGGACCACUUGUUGGAGCUGGAUUUACAAAGCAAGGACUGUGCAUAGCCUCCUGGUAUUCCUGGAAUGGACUGUGAGCCUCAGCCUCCUCCGUUGGUGAUGGAACUCGGGAGGAUGCCAAUCAAUGACUUCUUAAAUAAAUGAAUAUAAAUAAAUAAAUAAAUGGAAAUCCAAAAUAAAAUCAGAAAAGGCUGGAAACAUUCAGCAGGUCAGAUAGUAUCUGAAUGAAACAGGGUGAGCAUUUCAGGUCAGGUCCAGCCUUUAAUCUGAAAUAUUAACCCUCCACAGAUGUCGCCUGACUGGCUGAGUAUUACCAGCAUCUUCUGUAUUUUUCAUUUCAAACCCAUUAGGUAUCUUGUUUCUCAAUGAAUUAAAAGUUGAGCCAUAUAAUGAAAUAAUUUCCCCCUCCCCCUUCCCUCUUCUUGUUACCUACUCUGGCUCCCCUCUUUUCUCUUCUCUUCAUCUGCCUAUCACCUCUCUCUGGUAACCCCCCACCCACUUCCCUUUCCUUUCUCCCACUACCCACUCUCUACUCCUAACAGAUUCCUUCUUCUUGAGUCCUUUACCAUUUCUGCCUAUCACAGCCCCAGCUCCAGCCACCUUCCCUUCAGGUCACCUGCCAGCUUGGGCUCCUUCCCCUCCACCCACCUUCUUAUCCUGGCUUCUUCCCUCUUCCUUUCCAGUCCUGAUGAAGGGUCUCGGCCUGAAAAGUCGAAUGUUUAUUCCUCUCCAUAGAUGCUGAUUGACCUGCUGAGUCUCUCCAGCAUCUUAUGUUCGUUACCCUGAAUUUCCAGCACCUGCAGGAUCUCUUGUGCUUAUUCGUUAAUCUAGUGCAGGGGUUCUCACAAUCUUUUGUAAGCAAUGAGCUUUGCCAUUGACCAAGGGGUCCAUGCACCCCAGGAUAGGAAGCCCUGCUCUAAUAAAGUAAACCAUGCCUCGGGAGAGGAGUAUCUAUGAUACCUCCCUCCAGGUGGGGAAGGAGUUACUGGGAAGAAUUCAAACACACAGCUGAUGUGAGAUCCAGCUUUCGAAGCAUAAUGGAUCUGGUGCAAAGUACAGAUUUCACACCCACACUGGUCACUACAUAUUGAUUUAUUGAAAUGAUAGGGAAGGCUUGCUUGGUGUUUAAAACUCCAGUCACACUACCGGGUACAUUUCGGGAUGUGACUGCACUGGAAGAGGUGCAGGGGAACAUCAACGUUGGACAAUAAUGGUGAGAGAUUGGCUAGUGAAGCCAGAAGUCUGGGGCAACACACAAAAUGCUGGAGGAAUUCAGCUUCUCAGGAAGACAGCCUUUGUCCACCUGUUAUUCAGGUCAUUUCCCCUCUUUCUGUCCUGUCCAGGUUUUCUUUUUAAAGAUACAGCACGGUAACAGGCCCUUACGGCCCAACGAGCCCGCACCACCCCAUUACACCCAUGUGACAAAUUAACCUAUUAACCCAUACAUCUUUGGGAUGUGGGAGGAAACCUACAGAAAACCUACGCGGCCACAGACAACGGCAGGAUUUGAACCCAGGUUGCUGGCACUGUAAUAGCAUUACGCUAACCGCUACGCUCCCACACCACCCAAGAUGAAGGGUCUCAGCCCGACGUCAACUGUCCAUUUCAUAGAACAAUACAGCACAGUACAGGCCUUUGGCCCACAAUGUUGUGCCGACCUUUAAACCCUGCCUCCCAUAUAACCCUCCCACAUUAAAUUCUUCCAUAUACCUGUCUAGUAGUCUCUUAAACUUCACUGGUGUAUCUGCCUCCACCACUGACUCAGGCAGUGCAUUCCACGCACCAACCACUCUCUGAGUAAAAAUCCUUCCUCUAAAAUCCCCCUUGAACUUCCCACCCCUUACCUUAAAGCCAUGUCCUCUUGUACUGAGCAGUGGUGCCCUGGGGAAGAGGCACUGGCUGUCCACUCUAUCUAUUCCUCUUAAUAUCUUGUAUACCUCUAUCAUGUCUCCUCUCAUCCUCCUUCUCUUCUCUCCAAAGAGUAAAGCCCUAGCUCCCUUAAUCUCUUGAUCAUAAUGCAUACUCUCUAAACCAGGCAGCAUCCUGGUAAAUCUCCUCUGUACCCUUUCCAAUGCUUCCACAUCCUUCCUAUAGUGAGGCGACCAGAACUGGACACAGUACUCCAAGUGUGGCCUAACCAGAAUUGUGCUCUCCACAAUUGGAUGGCAUAAUGGCAUAGUAGUUAGCACAAUGCUUUACAGCAACAGCAACCUGGGUUCAAUUCCCACUGCUGUCUGUAUGUUCUCCCUGUGUCCAGAUGCAUUUCCUCCAGGUGCUCUGGUUUGCACCCACAGUCCAUAAAUGGUUGAUUGGCAUCGUAAAUUGACCCGUAAUUAGGCCAUUGUGAAAUUGGGGAUGGCUGGGCCUAUUCUGCAUUUUAUCUCAAUAAAUAAACUUUUAAAAAGUUGUUGCCUGACCCACUGUGUUCCUCCAGUGUUUUUUGUGCAGUGUGAGAUUGGCUAGGCUGGCCUUGUUUGGAGAGUGUAGUGGGAGAGCUGAAAAUAAUGGGAAGACAUUCAGUAGGGAAUGUAGAUUUAAGGUAAUUAAUAGAGAUUAUUAAGAAGAUAAGAAAAUGUUUUUCACACUGAGCACGGUAGAGGUCUGGAAUCAGUGAAACAGCCAUGGAGGCAGAAAUCUUUCACUCAUUUGAUUACUGGAACCUACAAAUCGCCAGACCUAAAUUGGGAAAUACAAGAAAUUCUGCAGAUGCAGGAAAUCUAGAGCAGCGCACACAAAAUGCUGGAGAAACUCAGCAGGUCAGGCCGCAUUUAUGGAAAUGAAUAAACAGUCAAUGUUUUGUUGGGUCACAACCCCUCAUCAGGACUGAAAUAGAAGGGAGAAGACGCUAUGAUAAAAAGCUGGGGGAGGGGAAGGAGGAUAGCUAGAAGGGGAUAGGUGAAGCCAGGUGGGUGGGAAAGAUAAAGGGCUGAAAAUGAGAGAAUCUGAUAGGAGAAUACAAAAUUCAAAGAACAUUUAUUAUCAAAGAAUGCAUUCUGUAAACAAUUUGAGAUUCAUCCCCUGACAGGCAGCCACAAAACAAAGAAACCCAACAGAACUGAUUAAAGAAGACCGUCAAACACCAAAAGUGCAGAAAAAAAACAAAUCAUGCAAACAAUAAAAGUAAGCAAAUAGCAUCGGUCCUGAAGUUCACGGAAGUGAGUUCACUGCCGUGAAGCCGCUCGGCGCUGAAACUGUUCCAGGAGCCCGUCAGUUGCAGGCCACAGCCUCAGUUCAGCACAGAGACGAGCGAACCUCAUGGAGCAGUGAACUGAACACCAGCCCAUCCCUCACCUCCAGCCCCGACGCCUACCAUAAACUGUAGCAGAAAGAGUGGGCCAUGGGGAGGUGAUAGGCAGGUACAGAACAGGUAAGAGGCUCGAGUGGGGAUUAGGGUGAGCAGAUCCGAGGUGUUUGGAAUAAUUACUGAUCAAAGAUCAAGGAUCCUCUUUAGUCACCAUUCACAUUUACAUGUUUUAGGAAUUUGCUGCGCUGUGUUAGUGCAACAUGCAACAAAAAACAACAUUCAGCAACUAUAUAAAAAAUGAAGUUAGAGGUUAAAGUAGAAGUACUUUAGUACUCAAGUCGAGUAUGAUAUUCUCCUAAGGGAUUAUUCCCUUAAUGGAGAACACCCUUUGUUUUAACGUGGGGAGGUUGAUGUGUGCAACCACCCCAUGGUCCUUGAUAGAUCAGGAUCUGGAAUAAGAUGAGCAUAAGCACAUGAAGACCGUAAGUAUUUAUCAUGUAAACAGCAUUAUAAAGAGUGGUUUAAAGUGCUUACAUGCAGUGCAGUGAAGGAGGUGAUAGGUAGGAGGGGUUGGGGGAUAACUGGAAUGGCUGAUCAGAUUAACUGACUGGGGGAAGAAACUUUUAUGACAUGAAGCUUUUGUUUUAAUAGCCCUAUAAUACCUUCCUGGGUAGCGGGGUGGAAUACAUCUCUACCAAAGGACGAGUGAGGUGCUUCUUCCCUCCGCUAGCCUACAUGUCACCUUUGGGCAAUAUAUAUCACCUGAUCAGGGUCACGUGAAGCCACGGGAGCAGGUGGUGGAUGGUCGUACGAGCAGCUGGUGCAGAUCACAGGUGCUGUUUGUGUGACCACUGACACCAGGCAGACAAUAUCUGAGUAGCAUUGAUAAUGGCUGGGGUCACCUGGCUUGUAAAGAAUCUGCCCAGAAGAAGGAAAUGGCAAGCUACUUCUGUAGAAAAAUUUACCAGAACAAUCAUGGCCAUGGAAAGACCAUGAUCACCCAUGUCAUAUGACAUGGCGCAUAACAAACGAAUGGUAGUACGUUCCAGAAGGGAGCUUUUGGAAUAGACAGUUUGCUGGGUGGGCAGUGUCCACAAUGAUUUUUCCUGCUCACCUCUUUGUCCUGUGGAUACAUACAAGUCCUGCAGUGAUGGUAAACUGCAGCCAAUGACCUUUUCAGCUGACCUGACAGUUCGCUGUCAUUUUUGCAAAUUACUUCAUAGCUUGCCAAGACUAAUUCUCUGAAAUGAUGUUUCCCUACAUUGGUACAAGUUUCCAGGCAUUCCCAAAUUUGUUGCAAUCAGAUUGGAGACAGGAAAAUGCGUUCUCAGUUCUUUUAUGUGUCACGGCCUUAUUAAUACUUGGCCUUGUCAAUGUAAGAUCUUUGUUUGUGUGAAGUGGGUGCCAUUGUUUUGAACAAUGAUGUCUGUUAUGUAAAAUUGCAUGUAUAAAUAUAGUG